AUGCCCACCCUCAGGGUGGGGUCUAGCCAUGUGUGUUUCAUCUGGAUUCCAGGAUAUGUUAUUCCAGAGGUGCUACCACCAUCGCUGAUGGGCUCGGCCUUGGCCAACAGUGGGUCCCUCAUGGAGCCGGCUGGUAUUAGCUUUAUCCGACAUAGGGGAAGCUUCCAGCAACUUCUCGCAGAAUCCACCCCUGUAAACUCCCCACUACCAAAACCUUGCCAUGCAACCCUGAUAGACAUCAGAGACAGAAGGUCCCAAUUACUGCUGCUGCUGCCCGGACGUUAAGCUGGGAAGGCCAUAAUAGUGAAGAACAGAGACACCAAGAUGAAGUAUUCUAUUAAGAUUUAUAACUAAAACUACCUGAUGCCCAGCUAUUCUGUUGAUGCUCAUUUGUACAAAACUGCUGUCAAGCAGGCCAAGUAUGAAGCUGAGGUAAAAUUUGAGGAAACAUUCAGGAAUAAGAAUAAGCAGUUCAUCCAGAAUCUGCAGGUCUGA